AACCUGUGUGGUGCCCAUAUCUUCCUCCUCCAAGAGCGUCCUUAGCUUUAAAGGCUUUCUUACUUCACCAACCUUGGGAUAAUAAGUAUUCUUUGGAUAUAUCAUUCAUCAAUUAUCCAGAAAAUGAAAAUAUUAAAAAUAUGUUGCAAGAUCAGUUAUAUUCAUUGUCCAAUGAUGUCAAGAAACUUUUGCUUGAUCCAGAGUUCACUCUUUUGCAGCGAUGCUUAUUAGUUUCAAGGCUGUACGGGGAUGAAUCUGAACUACACUUUUGGACUGUUGCUGCCCAUUAUUUGCAUACUUAUUCCGGCAACAAAUCAUUAACCAUAAAGGCAGAAGAUGGAUUUGCUUCUCAAGAAAACUGGAUCAGUCCGCUAGAUAUAUGUUAUGAUAUUCUCUGUGAAAAUUCCUAUUUCCAGAAAUUCCAGCUUGAAAGAGUCAACAUUCAAGAAGUUAAAAGAUCAAAUUAUGAUCACACAAGGAAAUGCACAGAUCAACUCUUGCUUUUGGGCCAG